GUACAAAGAGAUGGCUCUGCUUGUGCAGAAUAUGAGCGAGGUUCCGCAUAGCAUCGACUCGGACGCAAUCUCUGAUGGAGCAGGGGCCGUCGAUAAACUAUGAUCCCUAGUUCCCUCUCUGUGUGUCUGCCGAUAACCAUUCGCGCAAUAAUUUGCAGUGCUUCGGGUGGUGCAGGUCUUGACUUGUCUUUUGUCUUGGCGCGAGUUUGUGUCUGCUGUUAAGCCCUUGCCGAAAUUGAAGAAUUGUUUAGACCAAGGAGAAAGUGCGUAUCGAAGCUAAUGAAGGAAUAGUGUACCGUCGUCUGUGUGUUUUUCUGGGAGUGUCUCUUUAGAAACCAGCAUCAUGAGCGACGAUGAGGACAUACCAGAUGUUACUAUUUGCCAGCAGAGAGUGGAAGAGUUUGCGCAAAUAACUGGAACAGAUGAAGCAUGUGCCCAGUUCUAUUUACAAGACCGCAAGUGGGAUUUAGAGAGAUCUAUCAAUGCUUUCUUUGAAGCCAAAGCCAGUGGAGGUGUCAACCUGAUGGAAGACCAUGACUCUGAAGCACCAGUUGUGGUUGUUAAUAUUGACCAAGCGGUAGCCAAUCAGCUGGCUGCAGUGCCCCCUGUUGCGUUACCUCUACCAAAACAAGCAAUAAGGCCCUUGUCACACAAACAUUUGCAGUGCUCAACCAAGCCACCACCAGAAAUGACUUUCAUAACUUGGAAUAUUGAUGGUCUGAAUUCUCACAAUCUCAAGAAAAGAACUAAAGCUGUUUGUGUUGUUAUUUUUGAGAGUAGCCCUGAUGUUGUAUUUUUGCAAGAAGUAAUACCCUCAACGUUGUCUUACAUUGAAAAUAAAUUACCAGAGUACAAAUGUAUAGCAUCAGGGGAUGGAGAAUAUUUUACUGCAACACUCCUUAGAAGGUUUACAACAUACUACGACUCCCAUCGUGUUGUUGAUUUCCCAGGUUCAUUAAUGGGGAGGAGCUUGCUUGUAACAGAAGCUCACAUAGGACCAUUAAAAUUAACAUUGCUAAAUACCCAUUUGGAAAGUACUGCUGACCAUGCUGCAGAGAGAGUUAAUCAGUUGAAUAAAUCAUUGAAAGAAGUUACAGAUGCAGCCAAGAACAGAGUUGUAAUUUUUGGAGGUGAUCUCAAUCUCAGAGAUAAGGAGCUUGUACUCUGUGGAGGGCUUCCCAAUGGUGUGGUUGACCUUUGGGAGGCUGGAGGCUCCCGUCCUGAAUGCAGAUACACUUGGGAUAUGACUCGAAAUACCAAUACUGAAAUGGCUGGUCGGUUCAAGCCACGCUGUCGGUUUGAUAGAGUAUAUUUGAGACAAUCUUUCCCCCCAGCAGUGAAACCUAAAUAUUUUGGUCUCAUAGGGCUGCAAAAGGUGAUGGGCACACAGAGCUUUCCAAGUGACCAUUGGGGUAUAAAGGUACAUUUUGAUAUUUUGGAUCAAGAUGAUUCUGCUUCAUCACCAGCAAAAAAGAUGAAAUUAGAGACUACUGUAGAAUAAGGAUGCUGACCUUAUGUGCAUUAAGUGGAAAUCAUCAUUUUUGUAUGUUUAUUUUGUAUUUUGUUCAAUGAAUAUUAAUAUUUUGAAAUAA